ACAAUAAUUUCUCUUCCCAUGAUUCCGUGCGCUCUGGACUGAAGACUUCCGAGGACGUUAGUGCGUUACCAUAAGGGCACAGUUAGACCCAUUACAAAGGACUGAAGAUGGCUGAUGUUAUUGAGGAGAAGAUCAAGAACUACAAAACGGCUCCAUUUGAUGCCCGUUUUCCAAAUACCAACCAGACACGAAACUGUUUCCAGAAUUACGUUGACUUUCACAGGUGUAAUAAGGCUCUGUCAAGCAAAGGGCAGGAAAUCACUCCCUGUGAAUGGUAUCAAAGAGUCUACAAGAGUCUGUGCCCUAUGAGCUGGGUUGAGAAAUGGGAUACACAGAUUGAGGAAGGAAGCUUUGCUGGAAAGAUCUAAAUGAUCGCUGUAAUCCACAACCCAUGAACCCUCUGUUUUGUAGAGUACCACAUAAUAUAUUAUUCCGUCUUGAUGUCUUAGUUAUUGGUCUGCAGUCUGAAGAAUAAAAGGUCAUUCAGAGUGGCAUAUGACCUCCUAAACUUUGAGGUCAUAACAUGUUCUGUGUCACUCUACAUCUAACAUUUUUGCAGUGUGCAAAAUAAAGACUCUCAAUUUCAA